AUGGCUGUGGAUGAGGAACAACGACUUGGGCAGGAUGAUACACAUUUGCUGAGGACCAUCCUAUGGGGAAUCCUGCUGGUCACUGAAGUGUUCAUCUACAGCUCCUACACAAUUCUGGCUCAUCUGUGUCUGGUGGAGGGGAAUCUGCCGUUCAGGUCGUCGUCCGUCGUUCUCUCUGCGGAGGUCCUUAAGAUUGUCCUGUCCAUUACCAUGAUGUUACCUGAACUGGGUCGUGGUGACGUCACAAUGCCGUCAUUGUCCCACUGUCUCCCAUUCGUGGUACCAGCCGUGCUAUACUGCAUCAACAACAACCUUAGUGUGUACAUGCAGGUUGAGAUGGACCCCACCACCUACCAGAUUCUGGGCAACAUGAAGGUGGCCACCACGGCACUGCUCUACAGGGUCGUCAUGCAACGCAAGCUGAGCGGCGUGCAGUGGAUGUCCCUGGGAGUUCUGUGUUUGUCCGGCAUCUUAGACAGUUAUGGCAGCAUGCAGAACAAGGGCCUGUCUGGGGAAAUACACCUGACAGUCACGGACCUCCCUCCAUGUUCAGAACACUUUGCUGUACACAUUCGGCAUCGUCAUGAAUGGUGGACUGUGGGCACUGCAAGGGGCUGGGAUCGGCAACCAAGACGAAAGACGUUUGAUCUGUUCGAGGGCUUCUACAUUGAAGACGCCUUCAACGGGCUGAUAAUGUCGGCCAUCAUGAAGCACGGCAGUAACAUCACCCGCCUCUUCAUCAUCUCCUCCGCCAUGCUGCUGACGACCCUGCUGUCUGUCGCCAUCUUCCAUCUGGCACUCAACGUGUAUUAUAUCGUGUCGUUUGUCCUGGUCGUUGUAGCCUUGUACAUGUAUCACACAUGACACUGUGACUUAUCUGAGCCGUCUUAUUUAUAUACGUGGUCCAGUCAAUGAUCACGCCAUGUCAAAUCAGAGCAAGGACAUUUUGUGUAAGAUUUCCUAUAGAAACGGAGACAUACAGUUGCGUUAAAUUACGUAAAAGAGGCAAAAACUCUUCUAAUCUUAUAUUUAUUAGCAAUCGUUUCAUUUGAUUCCGUCUUUAUCAUGAGCAUGUUUUGUUGUGAAUCUCUAAGAACUAAUGAUGAUACCAAGUGUUAGCGGUAAGGUAAUCGUAUGCACAAACACAUAUCAUGUCACCUUAAUUGUUACCUGAAAGAUCACGGGAAAAUUAUUGUACAAGUCAAACUAGAGAAUGGCGUCGGACACAUUUUAAAGAAGAAAAUUUCAAAAGCGUUAACACUUUGUAUCACUUUGAAAUCUAAUAGGAAUUCCAUUCUUCACUUGUACCUGAAAGUCGUGAAAAUGCCAAGCAGCUGGGAUACUGUAGGUCAUAAAAGGAAAUUUGACUAUUUCAAAGGUGAAGUCACCAGAAUCCCUUUCAUGAAACAGUCUUGGGCAGAGGUAUUGAGUCUGGCUGUCUCACUGGUCUGCCUUCACCGGUCUCACAGAUCUUCUUUAAAGGUCAAGGUCAGGUUGAGGAGUGAUUAUCAAUUUGAUGAGUGAUUGUUAUUAUUGUGUAUUAUUAUGUGUGUUAUUAAAAGAAUGAUGAACAGAUUAUAUUUGGAAAUUAAACAUUGUUAUGUAAUAA